AUGUUUAAAGCUCAGAACUAGUUUUUAAAGCUGUCAAAUGGUGAUACUUUAGCUUAUUCUGUAAUUAAUCCUGAUAAUGUUCAAACAGUGCUUUUAAUUCAUGGAAAUAUGUCUGAAAAAAACAGUUGGAAUCGUUUAGUUGUUGAACUAAGUAAGUUCCCUUACAGGAUUAUAGCAAUAGACUAAAGAGGCUAUGGAGAGUCCUCAUAUAUAAAUAAAAUAGAAAAGAUAGAAGACUUGAGUUCUGACUUAAAAGAAUUCUGCCAAACUCUUUAAUUAUAAGAUUUAAUUAUUUGUGGAUGGAGUUUAGGUGGAAUUGUGACUUUGCAGUUUACAGCAGAGAACCCAUUGCUAGUGAAACGCGCAGUGCUGAUAGCAAGUGGCCAUGUAGAAGGCUUUCCUCUAUAAAUCAAUGAUGUAUAAGGUAGUUCUACUAAUAAUGAUAAUUCUGAUAAUACAUAGACUAGAAGAGUACAAUCUAUAGAAGAGGUUAAUGCUCAUCCUAAAAUUUAAUAUUUUAAGUAAAUAAUAAAACACUAAGAUAAAACUACUUUUAAAAAUAUAUGUAAAUCUGUUCUUUUUAAUGGAUUAUAUGCUCCAAACCUAGAAUGUGAGGAGCUCAAUUUAUUUGCUGAGGGCUUUUUGAAAUAGUAAAAUUAUGUUGAAAUAGCAUUUGCUCUAUCAAAUUUUAAUAUUGCUAAAACCAAUCUUUUAGAUAGAAUUUAAUGUCCCAUAUUGAUUUAUCAUGGUGCUAAGGAUGUUGUUAUUCCUAAGCAUCUUGCUUUAAGUAAUGCAGAAUUUAUAGGUAAAGAUAAAUGUAAGGUAAUAAUAAAAGAAGAAUUUGGUCACUGCCCUCCUUAUGAUUCUCCUAAUGAGUUGGCUUAGGAAAUAAAUGAGUUUUGCUAAGAAAAUUUAGUUUUAUGA